UCUAAAAAGAGUCAAGACAUUAAUAAAACAUGUCGUUUGACUUAAAAGAGUGGAAUAUUCCAAGGGAUAAUCUCCUGCGGAGUUGCUUUCUGAUUGCUGCCUUUGAAUUAUUGCGUUCGCUGUAUUUCUCAUUUAGUUCAGUUUCUGUCAUGAUUUCGCAUACGAAUUCGUAUUCAAUUUUGGCUUUUCUGAGUACACUAGCCUGGAUUUUGACUGUUGUUGGACUUUUUGUGGGUCUAUGGAAUGGUCGUCCUACUUUCCUCGUAUUUUGGUUGCUUUUUUCUGGCUUUGCGACUGCUAUGGAUAUAAUUUAUUUAAUAUGGAAUGUAACUUCCUCUCCUGUUUUCGACGUAGAUCAUUUUAAGCACUGGACUAUUUUAUAUUUCGCAAUAUUUUAUGAGUGCACUUGCUUGUACUUGGUGUUUAGGUAUUUUAGAAGAUUAUAUUCAUAUUGUGCUUUGGAAGGCGGCAACUAUGAUUGGUUCUCUAAAGAAGACUGUAGCAAGUAUGAAGCCACUGAAACAAUAUCUAUAACUACAAAUGAGAAGUCAAAUGAUGGAUAAAAUCAAGGAGAAUCAUAAAAGAACGGAAAAUAAUUGUUAUUUUGAUUGUGUUAUAUUUGGUCACUGUUCCCUUAUGAAUUAAUAAAAAUAUAAAAUAUUUA